AUGGCCAAUUCCAUGACAAAAAAUUCUUAUAAAGUUCCAGGUAACUUUGUAGAAUUCAUGCAGUUAUCAGACAGGAAAGAUGACUUCACUGCCUGCUACUACACAUUAUGGAACAUUUGGCUAGCUCGAAAUGAACGGGUCUACAAAAACAACACCCGGUCACCGCAACAAACAAACCAAAUAGCCAUACUGCUUAGCCAAGAAUAUAAAUGGGCCUACAAUCACAAACUCAAUAAAACAGGAAUUGUCGAGAAACAACAAGGAAACAAUGCCACAACUAGGAAUUCAAAUAUUAUGUGGGUCAAAUGGGAACCCCCGCCCACACAAUGGCUGAAGAUCAACACAGAUGGAGCUAGCAAAGGCAAACAGGGGGAACCACCGGAGACAACAGGAGCUGGAUGGAUUUGCAGAAACUCGGAGGGAAAGGUGAUAAUGGCUAUGGCAGCACCAAUUGGAAAAACUACGAUAAUGGUGGCAGAAACGUGGGAUUUCCUACUAGCAACAAGAAUGGCGACUACCCAAAGAUGGACACAUAUCCUCUUUGAGACAGACUCCACAAUGUUGUUGACUCUACUGCAAAGGGACAGCGACCAAGCACCAUUGAUCAUUCAAAAUAUGAUAUAG